AUGCAUUCACAAGCAAACACUCCAUAUGAUACCAAGAAUUUUACAGCUAUGAAUUUGAAAAUCCUCUUGCUCGGCUCCUUGAGCCUUGUUCCUAUUACUCAAGCAGCAGUAGCUCUUCCGACUCUGGAUCUACCUUGGGGGUCAUAUAAAGCCAAGCCCCUUCUUUGGGACGACAAGAUCUAUUUAUUCGAGAAUGUCCGCUUCGGAGCCAAGCCCAUCCGUUUUGGCCCGUCCGAUUUUCCAAAAAAGAAGGACCCCAAAACCCCCUUCGUGACGACAGAUUGUCUCCAGAUCGAUCCAUCCGUGCUCAAGAAGAAGGCUGGCGGUAAAUAUCCCAUGGGCUAUCCUUCCCAGGACCUUAAUCCGGACACGUCGCAUCCUCUCAAGGCUACAACCUGGACCGGAACUGAAGACUGCCUUUUCCUGGAUGUCUAUGUUCCGAAGCGAGUAUUCGAAGAGGCCAGUGCCCAGCUACUCCCUGUAACCGUAUGGUUCUACGGAGGGGCAUAUGCAUUUGGUACAAAGAGAAUGAAGGUCUUGAAACUUUUGAACGGUCCUCUCUACAAUGGGAAGUCUCUCAUAGAAGCCUCCAAUUACUCCACUAUUGUUGUGGCGGGAAACUAUCGCCUCGGGGCUUUCGGGUGGUUAGCUGGUUCACACAUGGAGAAGAAUGGCCUCCCUAACGCCGGUUUAUACGACCAGAACCUGUUACUGAGAUGGGUUCAAAAGUACAUCGGCCAGGUCCAUGGUGAUAACAAGACCGUCAGUGCUUGGGGAGAGUCAGCUGGUGGUGGUUCUAUUCUUCAUCACCUCAUCCGGAACGAUGGAGACGAAGAUCCUCUGUUCACUCGAUUUCUUACCCAAAGUCCUGCCUUUGAAUGGGCAUGGGAUAACUCUCCCGGUGGCCAGCUUGAUCAGAUAUACCAGACUUUCUCAGAGUCCCUCGGAUGCCACGCCCCAUACGAUAUCGAAUGUAUCAGAGACCCAUCAUUUUCAUUAGAAAAGUUGGCACUGGCGAAUGUGAACCUUUUCCGGAACGUCAACCAGACUGGGCUUUUCCCCGUCGGGCCUGCAGUGGACAACAUUUGGAUCAAGACGAUCCCUACUCUUGCUUUUGCGGAAAACAAAUCUUGGCCUGGGAUUAAAUCUGCGCUCGUUUCCCACUGCGCGAACGAUGCUCAGUCUUUUACUCCAAAUGUCACUACUAAGGAAGCCUUCUACGGAUUCUUAACCAACUUCCUUCCAGGCGAGAAGCUAGCUCCCUUGAGAACGGAGAUUGUAGAAUAUUAUGACUGUGACAAGAAUUACGAUGGAAACUACAAAAAUUGUCUUCACGACAUCAUUCGGGACGCAUCUUUCACGUGCAACACCAGAGAUCUCAUCGAUGCGUAUCCCCAGCAGGCUUACGCUAUGAAUUACGGCUUUCCCAACGACAGUUAUGCCUUUCACGCGACUGAUCUCAUACCGCUAUUUGGUAAUGUGGAUUUCCCCGGACAGAUCGCAGUUAUGCUUGAGAAAGGAUUUGAUUAUCCCAAAGAGGAAGCAAAGAAAUUGGCUAAAGCAUUGAACUCAACUGUGAUAAAGACCUUCUUGGAAUACCUUUCGUCGUUCGCUGUUUAUGGUAAUACUAAUGGCACAGGAAACACCGGAUGGCCAGUUGUCAAUCGAUCGGGGCCACUCUUCUCUGAUGUCAUGAAGCCCAAUUCGAGCGGAUGGUCACUAAGCAAUGAUGACCAGAACUCAAAGGCCACCUGUGACUUUUGGAGGAAGAUAGCGAACGAUAUCAUGCAUCCGACAGGACAAAUUGGGGAUGCUGAUGUGGAUACGGAUGUCCAGGAAGAGCUUUGA